AUGCAAAGAACAUUGGUGACAAUAUUGACUUUCGCCUUCGCUGUGAACUAUCUGGAUGUGGUGCACUGUGAUGGAGAUGACGCACCCUCAUCUCCAGUCAAAUCACCUGAUCAGCAACCAGCUGCAACAGCCGCACCGAAUUCACCUGCAGCACCAGACACACCAGCAGCAGCUUCAGCAAAACCAGAUUCGCCUGCCAACACGAAGUCAACCACACGUCCGAAACCAUCGAAGAGAGGACCGAGACCAGCCUACCCACCCAGAUCACCACCACGUGUUCGUGGUCCGUACGCUCCAACACAUCAAAGAAAAUACUAA